AUGGCUAGGGACGUCAUCUGCGACACAGGAAAGGUAGCCAAUGCCGACUUCCUCAUGUGCUUGAGCUUCAAGGAAAUAAUCAAGCGUUGCCGCAUAGAACUUAUGAUAAAGUAUGUUGCCUUCGGUAUCAGUAGAUUGCUGACAUUAGUCAAUUCCACCAUGGGGGAGAUGGGUCAACUUGAAGAUUGGAAUGAUAAUUCCCUAACAGCUAUCGCCGACAACAAACCCAAUCGCCAAUGUGGAGAUCCCGAUCGUCAUGGGCAUGGGCUUAGUUCUGAGAGACAUGGCUUACCCCACCCUGGACACCCCACCCAGAAGUAUUCUAUGAAUUGGAAAGUCGAUCAGGCUGGUUGCGGAUGGCUAAGCCUUGGCAACUACUUUGGAUACUCAACUGUCUUGAUCAAAAAAAAGACCGCCGACAAGAAGCAUACUAGCGUCUCUAAACUGCAAGUUGCGCUCCACACAAAUAUAGUGGGACUUGUAGAGGCUUUCUACGACAGCAAAGCCACUUAUUUGGUUUACAAUUACCAUGGAUUUGCUGUCAGUCUUUCGCAAGUCGGCUCAACACCCGCCGUCCAGUUAAGUGAGAUUGAUCUCGCCAGCAUCUGCAGGAGCGUUCUCAAAGGCCUUGAGUAUAUCCAUGAAGAGCUUCUGAUAGUCCACGGCCGUAUCGACUGUGACAACAUAAUCCUAUGUUCCGAUGGAGGAAUUAAGAUAGCAUGGUUGAUGAUGGUCCCAGGUCCAUGGAGCUAG